CCAACAAAUAGGUGUCUGAAAAUAUCGAAAUUGGCGCCGCUUUCCUCUGCUCUCUCUCUCUCUCUCUCUCUCUCUCUCUCUCUCUACAACCCCAUUUCUUUUCUUCUGAAAAUUGUCAACCCAGAUUUGAAAUCCCAAAAGUCCAAAAGGGAAAAUACAAACCAAAAAAGGGUUCACCUUUUGUUAAUUUGAUUUUCUUAUCACCAUGUCUAUGCGUAGGAGAACCUUGCUUAAAGUCAUCGUCCUCGGCGAUAGUGGGGUUGGUAAAACGUCAUUAAUGAAUCAAUACGUACACAAGAAGUUCAGCCAGCAAUAUAAAGCUACAAUUGGAGCUGAUUUCGUGACAAAAGAGCUUCAAAUUGAUGACAGGCUUGUUACUCUCCAAAUAUGGGAUACAGCUGGCCAAGAGAGAUUUCAGAGUCUUGGAGUUGCAUUCUAUAGAGGUGCAGAUUGCUGCGUUUUGGUCUAUGAUGUCAAUGUUAUGAGAUCCUUUGAUAACCUUGACAAUUGGCAUGAAGAAUUUCUCAAACAGGCUAAUCCACCAGACCCUAAAACAUUUCCUUUCAUAUUACUGGGGAACAAGAUUGAUAUAGAUGGUGGAAAUAGCAGAGUGGUUUCUGAGAAGAAAGCAAAGGAAUGGUGUGCUUCAAAAGGGAUACCUUACUUUGAGACAUCAGCGAAAGAGGAUAUAAAUGUUGAUGCUGCAUUCUUGUCUAUUGCAAAAACUGCUUUGGCCAAUGAACAUGAGCAAGAUAUAUACUUCCAGGGCAUUCCGGAGGCAGUUUCAGAGACGGAGCAAAGAGGUGGUUGUGCAUGUUAAGGUGGAUGAAGCAAUUUCAUUGAGUGCUAUAUGUAAUCGCUGUUGUUGCCUAUUUUUCCUGCAACAGUAUCGUUACUCUCAGGCCGUAACCAUUCNGCCAUUCUUUUGUACCCAUUACUACAUAUACUCUUCACUUAAGAUUGCAUAUUCUAUUGAUUUCCUCAGUGUUGUUUUGGAAAGAAGUACAUCUUUGUCACAUUCAGACACUGGAGGUAUAGGAACUCAGGAAUGUCUCCUUGUAUUGCAUUUGGCUCUGAGAAAGAUUCUAAUUGUGCAUUUUGCCGUACCCUGGCUGGUUGGAUUUUAUUGUAUACUCUGAAAAUUGUAUUUUUCUACAUCUACGUAUAACAAUGAAUUGGAUUGGUAACUGUUA